AUGUUCAGUCUAAUUGCAAACUGCUGUACCUGGGCUCAGAAAGUUCAGGAGCCAAUAAGGAAUGUCACACUCCUGAUCCUCGGACUAAGUAGUGCAGGGAAAACUUCAAUACUCAAAGGAAUUCAGAAAGAGUCUCCUUAUCUUAUUCGUCCAAAUGGCGGUUUUUCCAGGACUAAUCUCAUGGUAGAUCGGUUUAAUGUGACAAUAUUUGACCUCAGUGGUGGAGAAAAAAUACGCAAUACCUGGAAGAAUUACUACUCUGCAGUACAUGGUCUUAUUUUCAUCAUCGACUCCUCGGAUACGAAACGAAUGGAGGAAACUCGAAAGACCCUGUCAGAAGUAAUGAAGCAUGAAAAGGUGUCUGGAAAACCUGUCCUCAUACUUGCAAACAAGCAGGAUAAAGCUGAGGCCCUACCAGAGUUUGACAUUAUUGAACAGAUGUCCCUGGGGAAACUGGCUAAUGAAAAUAAAUCCGUCUGUCAUAUUGAACCAUGUUCAGCUACCCUGGACUAUGCUGAAAAAAGACUGGACAAAACCAUUCUGAAAGGGCUUCGCUGGCUGCUACGUGCAAUUGCCAAAGAUUACACCAGUUUGUGCGAACGAGUGCUCCAUGAUACCACGCUGUCUAAGAGCAAAAUAAAAGAACAAGAGGGAGAGCAGUCAAUAUGCAGGAUACAAAGAGAAAGAAAAAGACACACCAAAGUUGGUCUGGAGAAGGAAAAGAGUAGACAUCUGAAAGAUCCUGAAGCCACACUACACACAAAAAUCAACUCACUUAAACGUAUAAGUAAUGUCAUCAAUGCUGAGAAUGAAGAAAAAAUCAAGAAUGCUUUCGUGACCAAGAAAAGAAAGAAGAAAAUCAAGUCCUCUGGCAGCAAUUUGCGUUUGUCUCAAAGACAGAGGCCAUUUGGUGGAAACACUUCUUCCUCAGACACAGCUAAUAAUACUCUUGGGUCCAGCAAAGAGAGGAGUCAGGUAGAUGAUGGAAGUACUCAUCAGUUGGGUAGUUCUCAGCAAGCAGAACAAAACACAUUGAUGUCAUGCUCUGUGAGCACAGAAGCUGCUAAAGAUUCUGAAAAGAAAAAUAAAGGAAAGAAAUUAAAGAAGAAAUGCACAAACAAGAUAAACUCAGCUGACUCGGAAGACAACUUUUCCAGAAAUGUGGAUUUAACAGCACCUCUGGAUCUCUACAGAAAAGCACUCCAAGCACUAAAGACCAGACCUCAAGCUAACAACUAG